UCUCCCUGACCUCCUCCUCUCACGCGCACGGUGAAGCCUUGCCCGUGGAGAACUUCACCAUAGCCUAAACCACGCCGUCGUGCUGCUGUAAUCUCAUCGACCUCUUCCCCUCGCUUGCUGGAUCAAGAAGAAAGAGACGACGUGAAGCUGAACGUGUGGAUACUAAGGAGGUGCCGUCGUUAAUUUCUGCAUUGAGAUUGAUCUCAUCGAAAGUUUCACUACGCCAACAACGAUCCCGUGAUCGUAACGCUUUGUGGUCUACGAGGGUAUGAUGCUCAUUAUCCCUCUCGUUACUUACAUCUAUUUAGAUAUGAUCUUGAGUUUUUUCCGCACAUUUCGUAGAAAAAAAUUUGUUUUUCAUGCAACGACCCUUCAGAUCCCUCAGAAAAUUUCCCGAUUUCCCACCCCCCGCGGAAAUCGAACCGUUUCCUCUGAAAUUCCAGCAAAAUUCGUCUCUGACUAGCUCAAAGCUGUAUAUAUUAUAUCCAUGUCUCUGUGCAUGUCGCCGUUCCUUUCCUGGUAUGUUUUGGCCUGCAGACCAAGUACGGCUCCAGGUAUAUAUACAUGUAUGUCUGCAGCGACCACUUGCCAUGGGAACAGCACAGGGGGGCAGCAAAAUGGCAUGCGUCUGCGUGCACCGUGAGAACCGAAAGGCCACAUUGUUGCUUCUGGCGCUGCUGCUGAGUGCUGACUCGCAUCUGCUGUGUAUGCAAAAGCGCUGAAAUCCUCGCAAAGCCAGGGCAGCAGGCAGGCUUGCCGCCAAUGCUCAAGUACAGCGUGAAAAUAUGCCCCUGCUGCCAAGCUAGUCUGGCCUUUUCAUGUUUUUCUCAGGCAUAUUCCCCUCCCUGAUUUUGAUGUUUGACCCUGCAGGUGGUACUUAAUACUAUAUGGUAGUACUCCAGUAUUUUUAGUUUAGUUUAGUUUAAGGAAAAGAGUAUGUAUACUUUCUUUGCCCAUGAUAAGGGCACUGCUUUCAAAACUGCAAGACAAAGUCGAGUUUGAUUAAGAGCUCUCGCUACAGUCUACGGAAGUACAGAUACCACAAGAGUAAAAGCUGCUGCUGCCGAUGCUGAUGAUUAGUCUUUCAGUCGGACCAACUUAUCAUUGGCAGUUAGGAAGUUUCAUGACAAAGGUUCACUGAUUAGUGCUUAGUACCAUAGAAUAUUGAAUAGAUUCUGGAGCCCUAGGUUGGACUGAAAAACUGAAUAUGAUCCCACCUGAAUUUUGUUUCAUGGAGUAUUAUAUUUAUAAUACAUGCACCCACAGUGCCCAUCCUGAGUACUAUAAGCACGUGCGUGUACAUACGUAUGUACUGUAGGUAGUAUACGGUAGUACAUACGUGCGCGUGCGUGUAUAUGGACGUAUGUAUAGCUGCUGCUUUCAGCUCAACAACAGAAGCUUCCUUUUGAUCCAUCCAUUCAUCCCGAUAGCUAAGUGUCGAUUACUUCCGUGGUCUUUGAGAUCUGGAUUAGAUUCCUUGAUUCCCCCAUCAUCAGAAAAGCCAAAGGCAGUUCGCCAAUUGCAUAGGGAGGCUACUAUUGCGGCAGUGCGUCCGGCCUCUGAAAAAACGCAUGCAAAAAAGUUUUAUUCCCUCCCUUUGCCUUUAUACACAUUUUUUCUUCUUCACCCGAUCGGCCCUCUGAAUUAGUGGCACUACCAGAGUCCCACCACAUUGUUUUUACGGCUUUCUUUCCAUUUCAGUCAUUUCCACGGCAGGCAGCAGCUAGUGAGAUCACUAUAUACCUUCACUUGAAAGGAAGUGAUUUUACUGCUUUCUUGUCCAUUCCAGUGAUUUCACAGCAGGCAGGCAGCAGUAAAAGAUCGGGAGAGGUCAGUCAGUACAUUUAUCUUCACUUGGAAGCAAAUUUUUUGGGCGUUGGGAAAAGGUAGCCAAGCUUAGUGAAGAGAUUGGCCUCGUUGUUGUUCAAGCCGGGUGGGGGUGGUGGGGCAAGGGGAAUCCAACAAAGAGGACACGGUGAACAAGUGUGAGAAAACAGCAAGAGAACAAUUAACGCACAAACACCGGCCGGCCUCUUGAUUCUCUCUCUCCUUCAUCUUUCUUUUCUUUCUCUCCCUCUCCCUUUUGAUGAGAGAUCGCCUUGUAGCUGAACUGUUUUGCUUUCCCCUGCCUGCCUACUGCGCAAAGAUUCCCACCCUUUCAGGUCAAAGAAGUGAAAGCUAAAGGAGCAACCGACUAAGCGGAGAGAGAGAGGGAGGGUGUGGAUGGAAUGGAGCUGAGCUGCGCUAGUGAGUGACAUGGAGGUGAGCAAAAGGAUGGCCGGCCCCAGCUGCCUCAUGCGCUAUAUUCCCUCGCACAUUCUCCGCGGCCGGCCGGCCCUCAUCAGCUCAGCUGUAUCCGCAUACACACAUAUCACAAGAGGGGGAAUCGGAGAGGGGGAAUAUAUCUGAGUAGUGGAGUCCAAGGAAAGGAACCAACUGAGCCAAGGCAGAGAUGCUCCUCCUAUAAGAGGCGCCACGGCUCAUCGCCCCAAGUCCCCAAGUGUGUGUGCAUGCGCGUGUCUUAGUGGCUUCUCUGCAGCUGCUGUUGGCCACCACCAAAGAGCUAAGGUAGCAUUAGUAGCUUGCAAAGCUAGAGGUGUUUGCUUGGAUAUACCGAUCGGCAAAAGUCCUCGAUCUCCGGCGGGGCGGGUUCGCCGCGUCUCUGUCAUAUAUGCUGGACGCGCCGCUGCGAUCGAUCGUGCAGCAGUACCGCGCACCCUGGUGGGCUCGCUGGAAAUGUCGUCGCCGUCGGCCCAACAGCAUGGCGGAGAGGCUGCCACUGCCAGGGCGCGGCUCCGCUGGACGCGCCCGCUGCACGAGCGCUUCGUCCUCGCCGUCUCCGAGCUCGGCGGCGCAGACCGAGCGACGCCCAAGUCGGUUCUGAGGGCCAUGGGCGUGCAGGGGCUCACCCUCUACCAUCUCAAGAGCCACCUCCAGAAGUAUCGGCUGGCGGUGAGCCGAGACCUCGCUGGCAACGCUGGCGGAGGAAGCCUGAAUGUCGACCGAUCGUCCUCGUCCGAGAGCCAGUCAAACGAGUACAACGACGACGAUGACACCACCGCCGAGCUCCGUGAUUCUUCCAGGAGCAUGGCGCAGAUGCAGAGGGAGGUGCAGAGGAAGCUGCACGAGCAGAUCGAGGUCCAGAGGACUCUGCAGCUGAGGAUGGAGGCGCAGGGGAGGUACCUGCAGUCCGUGCUGCGCAGGGCUCAACAGGUCCUCACGGACAACAGCCUCGCCAAGGCGGAGCUCUCGGAGCUCGUCUCCGCCGUGGACACCGAGUGCCUCUCUUCCUCUUCCUCCCAGCCCCGGCAGCAGCACCGCUCCGCCUACAGCAGCUGCGUCUCGUCGUCGUCGUCGGAAGCCGAGAGCAAAUCCGCCGGGUCCAGGAGGCGGCUCCACGCUGGCCGCCACCAGGGGGACUGCUGCACCGUGGAGCAGCCGGCGCAGGGCAAGAGGACGUUCCCCUUCCUGCAGCAGAUGCAGGACGCAGAGCAACAGGCAGCAGCAGAAGCAGAGCCAGAAGAAGAAGAAGAAGCAGAGGACGGCAGCUCUUCAGAGUUUGAUCUGAACAUGUAGGGAAAAAAGGAAAAAUGGAAGGGGGGAAGGCUAGGUAGCAUCAUCUUCUCUGCAGUGUGCAUGCUGAGCCCUGAGCAAUUGCGACAGUGGGUGAUCGGUGUGGGAUCAGGGUAGCCUUCGAGUUUGGGACAUGUCAUGGCCUCAUGGGACCAGGCUUUUUCUGAGCAUUGCUAUGCAUGUCCUCUGCUGCAACACCUACUAGUACUACUGUAACUGCUGCUGCUCUUGAUCCUGUGAGAUAUAUAUAAAUUUCUAUAUUUAUUAUUUUAUAUGUA